UACUAAAGUAAAUAAAACGAGGAAAAUGAAUGAAUAGAAUGAACUGAACUGUGAAGCAAUCAGCAGCUGAGACUAAGUAACCGACAGGGGUAAAAGAGGUCCGCAUGCUCCUUGGGGUGAUCCUGGAAACCCAUUAUAGGGUCAGAGUUCCGAUGGACGUAUAUCCUUGAGCCCCCCGCAUUUUGCUUGAAUAAUUGGUGAUAAUACUCUUAUGAGAUGAGUAUCCCUGCUCUACUCCAGAGGUUAUUUCUUGUUGAAAUGAGAAGGUUUUUUAUGGUUAUCAGCUUGGUUAUUAUUAUUGGUGCUCUUUUUCAGGGUUUUUCACUUCCCUAUAAGAAAACGUUUUCCCUCUCACCAGCUGAUGAGGGUUCUAUCGUAAUGUUGAUCAGCAAUGCCACUUUCUCAAAUAAUUUAGAACCAAGGCCAAUCAUUGUGUAUAAUGCUAUAGCAAAUCAUACUCAUUCCUUUGAUUUGGAUAAAGAAGUUGAAGAUGAGAAUGAAACAAAAGGCGCAGAUAUGGACUCUGAUUUGUCAUCAGAUGAAAAUGAACAUAGUGAGCUCACACUGAAGGUGGAUGCAAUUAUUGGCAAGAGUUCAAUGAUGGAACAUGAUGCGGGUGUGGAUGACACUUCUCUUCAAGUAACUGCUAGAGAAGUUAGACAUGUUAACCCGGAGCAGGCUGAAAAAAUGGAUAGUAUGGAAGGAGCCACUGCUUUAACAGUUGGAGGGGUUCAAAAUGGAGCUGUUAUUAUGCCAGUUGAAUUACCAGGAAUUCCUGCAAAGAACAGGGAAAACAUGGAUACCGAAUCAAGAAUUUCUACUUCAUGCUUUCCUGCCAAUGUAACUUUUGCAAAUGAUGUAACAAGCCUAGCAGAAAUAAAGCCCAGAAAUACUGUUUCAAUCACCUUGAACAAGAAGGCUUCUAGAAAAAGUAUUUCCACUUCAAAUAGGCAGGAGACACACCCGACAUCAAUAUCCCAGAUGAAUUCACUGUUGCUUCAGAGUUUUGUUUCAUCUCAUAAUGUGAAGCCCCAGUGGGCUUCAGCAUGUGAUCGCCAACUUCUAUCUGCAAAAUUGAAGAUACAGAAUGCUCCUAAUAUAAGGAGUUCCCAAGGACUUCAUGCUUCUGCUUUUCGAAAUGUUUCCAUGUUUAAAAGGAGUUAUGAGUUGAUGGAACGCUUGCUGAAAGUUUACGUAUAUAAGGAAGGUGAAAAGCCCAUAUUUCAUCAGUCUAAGAUGAGGGGAAUAUAUGCAUCAGAAGGAUGGUUUAUGAAACAUAUAGAAGGAAACAAAAAGUUUUUAGUGAAGGACCCUAGAAAAGCUCACUUAUUCUUCUUGCCAUUUAGUCCUCAAAUGUUAAGGACUGUGAUAUUUGGACAGAAACUUCAGAGCCAGAAGGACCUUGAAGAAUAUUUGAAGAACUAUGUGGAUUUAGUUGCACGAAAGUAUAGUUUCUGGAAUAGAACAGGAGGAACAGAUCAUUUUCUUGUUGGCUGUCAUGACUGGGCAUCUCGUAUCACUAGGAAGUAUAUGCAAAACUGCAUCAGAGUUCUCUGUAAUGCCAAUGUUGCUAAGGGAUUUAAAAUAGGGAAGGAUACGACUCUUCCAGUUACAUACAUACGUUCUGCUGAGAACCCUCUUAAAGAUGUUGGAGGAAAACAUCCUUCAGAAAGGUAUACUCUAGCCUUUUUUGCAGGAGGUAUGCAUGGUUAUCUGCGACCAAUCCUGGUGCAGUUCUGGGAGAAUAAAGAAUCUGACAUGAAAAUCUUUGGUCCCAUGCCCCGUGAUAUUGAAGGGAAAAGAUUAUACAGGGAGUACAUGAAGAGUAGCAAGUAUUGCAUAUGUGCUAGGGGCUAUGAAGUUCACACUCCUCGUAUAGUUGAAGCCAUUUUAUACGAGUGUGUCCCAGUCAUCAUAUCAGAUAAUUAUGUGCCCCCAUUUUUUGAGGUUUUGAACUGGGAGGCAUUUUCUGUAUUUGUGCAAGAGAAAGAUAUUCCAAAUUUGAGGAGCAUUCUGCUCUCAAUCCCUGAAGAGAAGUACCUUGAGAUGCAGUUAAGAGUUAAGAUGGUACAACAGCAUUUUCUUUGGCACAAAAACCCUGUGAAGUAUGAUCUAUUUCAUAUGAUCCUUCAUUCUGUUUGGCACAACAGAAUCUUUCAGAUGAAAAACAGAUGAAAAUGUAAAAACUUUAUAUGACCCAGCACUGGGAAAAAGCUGAAAAGUUGCAGAAAUCACAUGACAGUCGACUCUUAAUUAGCGAUUCAUGUGGUGGCAUUUGAAAUAAACCUGGUGGAUAUGGUUGAAGCUCAAAGAGCUAACCACCAUCUGCUAAUUUUAGCUUUAAUAGUAACUAUAAAUCCAAGAGCAGAUGCUGAAGAUUGAAAGAACUAGGUGUGUUUCCCUUUUCUAUUUUGGUGAUUAAAUUUUGUUUCUUCUUCUAACAAAGUCAUUUCUUAUGUGUUUCGGAUA